AUGGCAUCGUCAACGCAACUGACGCACCACAGUCCUUACUUCGUGGCGGAGCUCCCCUCUCCACCUUAUCCUCCAAAGUCCCCGCCGUACCCGGCUUCCAUUUACCCAACGUACUAUGAGCUUGAACCGUCAUCGUCGGUGCAGCCUCCUUCGAUACAACGUUCAUCAUUUGGACACCAGUACCACCCACAUUUUGAACUGCCGGACACCCCAGACAUUGUGGGCUCCCCCGUUCUUCCAGCGCUUCAAUCAAGUGGAAAAUCCGAAGAGCAGGUAAUUCACUCCAGUGAGCAACCGCUCCAUACCACCGAUGAGACUGAGCUCCAGGCCGAAGGUGCAAGCUCCGACGGCCACAAGGACGUGGCCUGUUGCCCUACGAAUCCAUGCAUCGGUGCGAUACUUGUGGUAACCCUUGUUCUGCUACUGCUUUUGGGAAUGGCCAACUCCCUGUUUCGUGCUGCGGGAGAAGAGUAUCGUGACGGUAGUCUAGGAUUCGAGUCGCAACGACCCCCAGUUCAUUCAAGGUCCGCUCAAGACACGACGAAAAGAUCGACAACAUGUACAUCAGACAUUUGCCUGUGGGAAGGGCAGUAUCUCGACGAUAAUGUAAAUUAUUCUGCAGACCCCUGCGACGACUUUUAUUCGCACGUAUGUUCAGCAAAUUGGUUCGCUGAAGGCGCAAGUCCGUACAUGUCCCGGGCGUCCCAGGCAGUCAUGAACGACCUCUGGGAGUACCUUAGAAGUCAACCCGAUAACGCUUCGUCCAAAUCAUUCGUGCACCACGCCGCUGUCCUUGCCCGAGGUUGCAUGCGAGGGCCACACAAAGACAAGGAAUGGGCGGCUUUCCGCUCAAUCUUCUCCGACCUAGGCAUUCCUAGAUGGCCGUAUCAUAGCGACGAGCCUGAUGCAGAGGCUCACGACAUCGCCAAGGUCGCUGACAAGUUCCUCGGUACAUCGACGUUUGUGACCUUGCUGCUCCGCGAACGACCAUCAGAUCGAGAGCUGGAGCUGCACCUCGACUCACCUCCGAUCUUCCUACGACGAUACGAAGCCAUGUUUCCCGAUGGACACUCGAACACCUACGGAGACUUCGUCUACAAAGUGCUGGCCAAGUGGAGAACGCCAUCCCAUCUGACUCAUGACCUCGCCCACGAAAUAGUACAGCUGGAAGAAAUGAUGUCGCAAGCCGCAGCUUAUUCGAGUCGAAGCGUUCCCAUCGUGCAUGUUACCAGGCCUGUCGUCAAAUUCAAAGCGUUACGAAACUGGGACUGGUUCAUUUACUUGUCCUAUUUUAUUCAAGAAGUGACACCGAGUCUCGCAGUGAGCAACGUAGUUCUUCUCGACCCAAAGUACAUGGAUAAACUUUCCAUCAUCUUAACCAAAGUUCAUAGACGCACACUGAUCAACUACAUCGGCUAUCGUGUGGUCAUCUACAUGUCUCCCCUACUGCCUGUGAACAAAGUUGGUUUUAUGGUGCCACUAAGUCACCAGUACAACGUUGGACGUUCAGGUCGCCUGGAAGCGUGCAUGUUUCUGCUGGAGCGCAUCUGCCCUUUCGGUGUCCGAACUCUAGCCUGGUCGGCAGUUAACAGGAAGGCAGAACCAUUCAUCCAGGAUGAAGGUGGCGUCGUUAGAAAGACUCUGCAAGACCUGGUCCGUUACGAGAUGAAGCGAUGUGCCCUUACUGCACCAUGGCUAACACUGAACGAAUCUCGCGUGGCUGCUUUGAAGAUGGAACGCAUGGAUAUUGAGUUGACGCCUCAAACGGAAGACACGUUCUUUUUGCCGACCGUUCCGGAAGCGGGCCAAUUACUGAUGUCAUACUACAAGUUAUUCCGUUUCAUGCGCACUCAGUAUUGGGCAGCCCGGCAUCUAAUGCAUUUCCCGGAGCCGACGACACCGACUGAGUCUGCCUUUCUUCCAGGUUUUUCGUACGAUCCACAGCGUAACCUGAUAACACUCUCGCCAGCCACCUUCGCUUUCGCCGCUGCAAUUACACGCAGAUUCGAGGCGACGUCGGUUCCUUUCCUGAUAACCCCAUUAGUUCGUGGAAUGUUCUCUGCCAUAGACUUCCGCGGCAGUUCCGUGGACAGUAACGGAGUCAGUCGUAACUGGUGGUCCUCGGCCUCUAAAGGCAAGUUUUUGACUCGAGCCUGGUGCAUUCAGAGCGCAUUCGUUCAAGGUGCCAAGGUGUACGCUAAAGACAAUUUCGACAACUCUCUGUUUCUGGAAGAGAACGUUGCCGACGGGGCCGUGCUCCGACCUCUGCAUAGCAUUUUCCUCAAGUUUACGCACAGAGAAGAGGAAGGGAAUAUUCCCGGACAAAUGCCCGGCUUGACGCGGGACAAGCUCUUUUUCAUAAAUUAUGCUUCGACAUUCUGUGAGCCUGCGCACGAUGCUGUCUACAUUCGUAAUCAGUUCCGAUACAAGACAUUAGCACCUGCUUCGUUGAGGGUGAACGGUCCAUUGAAGCGAUUCGAUAAAUUUUCGGAAGCGUUCGGUUGUGCUUCCGGUUCACCAAUGAAUCCCAAGCACUCCUGUACGUUCUGGUAA